AUGACACCACAACCCCACCGUCGAUCAGCUGUUGCAUGCCAAAAUUGUCGUGAACGCAAAGUACGCUGCAGCGUUUCUGUCACUGGCAUCCCGUGCGCUGGCUGUACUCAAGACAGAGCCCAGUGCAUCGUCCGGGAGAGAGUGCGGCGAAGAAAACAACAGACUGGAUCGCUUGUCGCUCGUCGUCCACCUCAAGAGACUGUCCAGGUUGACCAGUUCAGAGCCGAGCCAGGCAGUAUACCUUUAUCGAAACCUUCAGCUUCUAGGGAACAAGAAUCCCUCGAUCCGAUUCCACAAGCCAUUAAGACGAAACGAUUGGACUUUACUGGGAAUGAUGGAAUGCCUCGUUCUAUCACUGAGCGACGUGACGAUGUAGCCGAGCAUACUGGUGUCGAGAUAUCCUCCACGGUCUUGGGGCAGGGUAACAGAACUGGCCAGGUUCCUUUCUAUACUGGCGAGGCUCCAGGAUAUACAUCCAUUCUCGAUGUCUGCACACAACCAAACCAGACUAUGCCAAGGCAUAUUUUACUUUCACCAGACAUAUCUGCCUCGCUAUCUACCCAGGAUCGUGAAUUUCUUCAACAUAAGGGCGUAUUUACCAUGCCGCAGAAGAACACUUGUACCGAACUUCUCCGCGUGUAUUUUCAUCAUAUACAUCCUAUCAUGCCGAUAGUUGAUGUUAAAGUACUCAUUGGUCUCAACCAAAGUUUCCAAACCAACGAGCCGAAUUUACUGUUAUUAUGGAGCAUGUUCUUUGCCGCAACAAAUUUUGUCGAUGACAGUAUUUGGUCGCUCGAGGGCUACUCAUCCCGCAAUGAGAUGAGACUUGCUAUGUAUUCUCGCGCGAAGUGCCUAUACGAUAAUUGCGGUGAGACAGACAAGGUAGCCCUACUACAAUCGGCCCUUCUCAUGGGAUUCUGGCACUCAAAAGGAGACGGCCAUACGCAGCCAUGGUACUGGAUAGGGGUUGCGAUCAGCCUCUGUCAAAUCUUGGGCUUACACCGAGAUCCGGAUUCAGCCAAGGUCAAUUCGGCCUUUCCUGAUCGCCGGCGUCCUAUCUGGCGUCGUCUUUGGUGGAGUUGUUUCUUCCGAGACCGCUGGUUGAGUUUGACAUUAGGACGGCCCCUGAGGAUCAGUCUCGACGAUUGCGACCAGCCGAUGCCUUCAGCCGCUGACUUGCUCGGUGACGUGGCUGAACUACCAGCGUCAAUUACCAGCGCUUAUAUCCCGAACGACUUACCUCAGUUGGCUGAUUAUUGGAUCGUUUUGAUCAAAUUGAGUAAGCUUUUAGGUGAAAUUAUCGCACUUAGUUAUAAGCCUUCGGGCGCAAGCCCGACACUCGAACAAUUUGAUUCGCUCAAAACGAAACUCUUGGAAUUCCGGAUACCAGGUAGACCUGGACAUGAACAAAGUCGUUUGGCAGCCUUCUAUCUAUACCACUUACAGCUGCAUUACCAAGUGUCUUUGAUCACUUUCUAUCGUCCAUAUAUCACCAGGAUCCCGGAACACCUUCCACCUGCCCAUGUGGAGUCAUGGCAACGCGAGAUACGAAGCCAGCUGGACUCAGCGGCAUUGCAAUCUAACUCUAUUAUUAAUGAACUUGUACGAGAAAGACUUCUCGGCUUUGCUGGUCCGAUGACUCCUACACUGUUAGUACCGGCUAUGCAUAUCCACCUCCUUAAUUGCAAAUCUGCGGACGCUCUUACGCGUCGUGUAGGCUUCAACAGGUUGGAGCUAUGCAUGAUGGUCAUGGAAGAGUUGCAGGAGACGUACGCAGCGGCUGCUUUGUACCGAGGUGUUUUCUUGGGGGCCAUAAACCAACUACUCCCCCACUUGUCCGGUGGCCCAACCUUGCAAAAUUCAGAUGUAUCUGAUCCGUCUACCUCAUGCAUGGAACCCCCUGAAGCAUCGGCCACAGUCAGCGAUGAUGUCCUCGACGCACUUUUGGAUGAAACAUCGUUCCUUGACUUUUGGGAUUCUUUUAACGACCCUUCUAAUGAUAUGCUAUAUUAA